UUGGAUGGCAGAGGUCUUGAGCUUAAUAUUGAGACAUGGGGACCCCUCAUGGGUUCAGAAGGUACCACUGAGGGAAAGGGCACCCUGGAUUGAGCUUGAUGAUAACUUGCAGCUUGCCUUGAACAAUCCUUCCCCCAGGAUCCUGAAUACUCACCUGCCAUUCCAGGUUUUCCCCAAGUCCUUCCUCCACUCCAAUGCCAAGGUAGUCUAUACUCUGCGUAACCCCAGAGAUGCUAUGGUUUCAAGGUACCACUUCAUCAAAGGCUUUAAAGUAUUGAAGGACCCUGGAACUGUGGAAGAGUUCAUGGAGAGAUUCCUGAGUGGGGAAAGUAUGGAAGGAGGCAAAUCAGCCAUUCUUCUUUGCCUCCUGAUGAAGGGCAAGCUCUCUGCAUCACAUGAGGAUUCACAGCCAUUUGCUUGCUUUCUGCAGGACCUUUGAGGCAGCAUGCAGAAGAUCUGUCAUUUUCUUGGCAAGGAGCUAAACAGCCAACAAAUUGAGUCUGUGGUGGAAAACGCCUCCUUCCAGAAGAUGAAGGGCAACAAGAAGUCCAACUUUUCUUUAAUACCCGAGAGCACAAAAUCAAAGUUCAUGAGGAAAGGCUUGGACAAAACGGUUGAUGAGUUUCUGUGGAGCUUCCCUGAAUGUGCUGCCAAGGCUGCAUUGUCUGCAAACAACCUCUCAGAUUACGUGUCAUGA